AUGUAUUACCUAUGUUAUUUAACUAAGCUUAAAGUAACUCCUAGAUUAGAUAAAGGUAAAUCUAAUGAACGACACUACUUAAAUAAACGGGAGAUUAUUAACACUUUAAAUAAGCUUCGAAGCUUAGCUAUCUUUAUUAACUUCACUACUACGCUAUCGAAAACUAAAGAUAUCACCGUCUAUCUUAUUUUUGCUAUCUAUAAUAAGCUCUUCGAUUAUCUUAAGAAGUCGAUUAAGUAG